UGAGCGGGGACCGGCCGGAUUCUAGAAUGUCAAAGAACACUUGAAGCCCGGGAACACAGUACGAAGUACUGGAGGAAGGAGGACGGCAGCCGGGAAAGACCUGGGAUUUGAAGAGUGAGCCAAGAUAGGGCUGCGUGUACCGCACACUGGAGAGUUCCAUGGCCGAGAGUAAGCUCAGAGCUCCAGAUCAAGGGGCUCAUCCAGGAGUUUCCGGUUGUCUGAGAAAAUGCCAGAAGAGUGCUAAGCGGCAACCCUUUUCUGGAAAGUCUUUUUACUUAGAUUUACCUGCUGGCAAGCAUCUCCAGUUUCUGACGAGGGCCGUCCAGCAGCUGGGUGGGGUAAUUGAGGGUUUUCUGAGCAAAGAAGUAAGUUACAUUGUGUCCAGCCGCAGAGAAGCAAAAGCAGAGCGCAAUGGCACAAGCCACAGAGGCCGCCCCAGCUCCAGUGAGGUCAGGGUGGAAACUGCCUCCUUAGCGAAUCCAAAAGGCUACCAGGCCACACCUUCACAGAAACCUGUAGACUCGGUACCUUUGAGCAGAGGGAAGGAGCUGUUGCAGAAGGCCAUCAAAAAACAGGGGAGCAGCAGCAGCAGCCUCCUGACCAAUGCUCGUUCCUGGGGAGUGAAAGUCCUGCAUGUGGAAGAAAUGAUGAUGCACGUGCGGCAGCUAUCUAUUGGUGGUUGUUCACAUAUAAAGAAACAAGAACCAAAGAAGCCAGAAGGAACACGUCCAGGAGUGGAGUCAAGAGCACGGAAAGUGGCCAGACUGAAGUCACCAUUCCUCAAAAUCGAAGAUGUGAGCAGGAAGUUUCGUCCCUUCCACCAUCAGUUUAAAUCCUUUCCUGAAAUUUCUUUUCUGGGACCCAAAGCUGCAAGUCCUUUUGAGGCUCUGACAACCCCCAGCAGCUUGCAGCAUUCCAGAGAACUCAGGGAUCCAGAGCCAAGCCUGCGAUCAGCUGUGCACACCUUGCCCAGGAGGAAGAAGGGGUACUGUGAAUGCUGCAAGGAAACCUUUGCAGAUCUCCAUGUGCAUCUUCAGAGUGCCCAGCACCAGAGCUUUGCUCUAGAAGCCCAUCCAUAUGCAGAAAUCGACCGGAUCAUCGCCCAGCUCAGCCCGAGCUUUGUAGACAUCUCCCAAGCCAGCCUCCCCAGGCAAUCAGGUUCUCCUGCUUCUAAUCGUGACAUACUCUGUUCUGAGACUCCACCCCUAAGCCGGCCCUGCCAACCCAGGACAGCAUCUCCCAGGAUGAGGAAGGAAGAUGGGGGACAAACCCCAUGGACUGCAGAGCAGGAUGGGACAGUGGAUAGUACAAAGGAACCAGCUGAACCCACAGGGACUGGCCACGUACCCAGAUCAGUAGCAAGCUGCCAGGAGCUGGUAGGGUCAGUUGGUGUGUUUGUGACCUCCCAGGAACACAAUCCCCAAUCCCUAUUACCCAGUGCCUUCUCCUCUGGCACAGAUCAGACACUUGGUGGUCAUAAGCGGAAGAUUCAGUUCCCAAGUGGCAGUGCCAAGAAGAGAUCAGGGGCCUCCUGGCGACAUGCCUCAUUUUUUAUCCCAAGAGCCCUCUACCCCUGCGGUGCCAUGACCACUGAUGACAGGGAUAUUCUCUCUUUUUCUCUCUCAGACUUCUUGUUCCCUUGGCAUCCCUCGGAUAGACAGGUAGCGCUCUGGGCUCCACAGCCCGUCUGGCCUAGAGGAGAAUGGCCCCUAGAAUCUGAGGAUUCUGAGUGUGCAGCUCCUGCUCCCGGCCCUGUGCCCCAGCAGACAGACCUGCUCCCCAGCUUCCCCACAGCCCCAGGCCAGCCACCAGCCUACCUGCUCUCUAUAGCAGACGAGCCUUCAGACAGCCCAUCUCACUCACUCCCCCACCCUCUGCCAGCAGGAACCCGCUGCUCCCAAUGGCUCUGGGUCCCCCAGACUCUCCAAAUGGCCUGUCUCCCUGUCCUGCAGUCUGAGCCCCCACCCAGUGCUAGCAGAGAGCUGGUCCUGUGACUCCCUAGGUGCCCUCAGAGCUAUAGAUAGACUCAGUUUACUUCCUGGCCAGGGCCGCUCAGGGAAGUAGAAGGAGCCCAGCCUUUGAGGUACAAGUAAGUAGCUGGGCUCUGUGGGACCCUUGGGGCUAGGUCUUCUGCCCAACAGGUCUUUGGACAGGACCAAGAGUCUGAGCUGGAGGCUGCCCUCUCCUCUCCCUGCCUCCAAACAGAUCCUAACCAGGCAACCAGGCAUCAUUCUGCAGUGGGCCUUCCCAACCAGAGCCAGCUGCCCACGCCAGGGAAGAGGCAAAGUUGGCAUAGGGAGGGAACCACAAAGAAGCAGGAGUGGUCUAGCUUCCUGCCCUGUGCCCCCAGGCACUUGCCUCUUUGCAGUACCUAGGGUUAGUUGUUCCCCACCCCCACCCCAGCCUCCUUUCCCACAAGCAUGUGGUCUCUCCUGUUUUCUGAAAUGCCUGUGUGUCCCCUCCCCCAGCCCCCCACGCUCACACAGAUCCUCAGGAACAUAUGAAGCAGAGGAGGGGCUCAGCUGCAGCACUUACCAUGCUCCCUCCCCCAUACACUUAGCUGGGGCCCAGCACUGACCUUUCCCCCUGAGCCAGGAUGUGGCCAGAGUCCCCUCCAGAGACCCUUUCAGCAGCCCACCUGGGGCUCUGCUGUUCCAGGGUUAGUGUCUCACCUGCCAACUUCUACAUCACCCUCUUCCCUCCCUCCUUCCCCAAGGACCUCCCCCCCAUUUCUGACUGCCAAGCCAUUAAUCUGGAAGCAGAAAUGGGUUUGCUAUCGAUUCUUUGGCCACUUUGUUUUUUUUUUUAAAUCAUAAUUGGUACUGUGGUUCUUCUCACCCUUCUCUGCCUUUGUUGUGUGUUUGUCUCUUUAAAUGUUGAAGCUGCCGGAAGCCUGGUGCUAUUCUGUCUCCUUUCAGAGGAAGGAGGGGGAGCCUAGUUUCGGGUGAGGACCUGAGUUGUUAGUUUGGAAAUAGAGCAUCUGUGUACACGAGCCUCCUCAGAGGCCCCUUUUGGCCUUUUUAUGCCAUUCCUGUUAAAUUUCACAAUUAAUCUUGAUUUAGGAAAUGUAAAUAAAUUUGUUAAUAAUAAG